AUGGAAAUUGCAGUAUUCAUUGACUUGGAGCCUACGGUAGUGGAUGAAGUACGUACAGGAACUUACGCGAAGCUUUUCCACCCCGAGCAACUAAUCACAGGCAAGGAGGAUGCGGCGAAUAAUUAUGCUCGUGGGCAUUACACAAUUGGGAAGGAACUGAUCGAUGUGUGCAUGGAUCGAAUUCGACGUAGGAAUUUGAAAAUUUUCAGUAAAAUACAAAAGACGAAGUUUCCUUAAGG